UCUCCUGUCCGAAAGGCCACCAAGCCACCUUCGCCCGCUGACCCUGAGUCUUCCCCGGCGUCACCUAAACCGGCGCUGAGUUUGCGCGAAGCUAUCGCGUUAAAGCGCGCUGAAGCAAAGAAGGCAAAGGCUAGCGCGAACACGAGCUCAGUAGACGCGUUCGCGGAGAUAGACGAGAAUUUUAAGCCGGUGCAGAAACAGGAAGGGGAAGAUUUACUUGAUUUAGGAAGAUGGUCUGUGAGGGAGACUAUUGAGCGUUCUCGCAGCUCUGGUUCCAUCAACAUUUCCACACGAGGAUUGCAAUGCUUGCCCUCCGCGCUAUAUGAAGUUCUUCUUGGCGUCAAGCCGGACCCGCUCCCUUCAUUGCCUGAAGAGCCGCCUCUUCCGGGGAGCAACAACGGCUCGAUACAAAAGAGCGGAAGUGCGCCUGCAUGGUACGAGGCCCAGGAUCUCCAGGUCCUCAAAGCAUGGAGCAACGAAAUUGUCGAAAUUCAACAUGAGAUUUCUCUUUUCGGGUCGCUGCAGACGGUCGAUCUACAUAACAACAAAUUGACAAGCCUGCCCGAUACGUUCGCGGAUCUGACAGAGUUGGUAUACCUCGAUCUCUCUCAGAACGCGCUGACAUCGUUGCCCACCAACAUCUUUGCCCUCCCGAAAUUGGUCACCCUGAAUGUUGCACACAAUGAGCUGACGGGUCUCCCAUUCCGCUCUCCCUUCACCCCGGAAUUCCAGGCACAGGCGAGGCGGAAGCGGUCCUCCGACUUCUUCGAACCCACUAUAUCGCGCGCCGAGACGCCUCUUCCUAAACUGCAGACACUCGACGCUUCUCACAAUAAAAUAACAGUAACUGCUAUAGAUCACAAGCAAGGCGAUAUACCAACCACGCUCGUCAAGCUCGACCUGUCGGGGAAUCCGCUAGAAACCAGCAAUGCCACCUGCGUAACUCUGAUCCGGGCAGUGGCACAGCUGCCCAAGCUCAAGGAGCUGCGGUUAGAGAAGGCGAACGUGAGCGAUCGAUCGUUCCCUCCGGAUCUGUUCGCGGGCUCU